UGGUAUACCGGGGCCACCAUAGAGGCUUCAGUUAGUUCCUCAUGUGAUGAGAAAUGUCAACAUAGAGCACUGCACUAUGACAUCAACAAACUGCCACAGAAACGUCGUAUUUUCUUCACGUGAAAAAAUUAACACGUUGUAGUACUGCCCUCUCGAAGCACAACUUUAUGUUAGCUGCUCGUUUUCUGUGUGUCACCGAGCAGGUUUCAGGAUGGCUGUGUCUCACAGUGGCCAGUCCUCCCUUGUACAGAGCUUGGCCACACUCCUCCGCAAUGAAGGUGGUGCUCAAAAUGCGGGAGACUUGGUGCUGGAUGGCAGCAGCACGCUGACUUUGCCAGCAGCCAGCUUACAGCAGCUCACCAGGCUGUUUGAACAGUACUUGCUGUCCAGGAGUCAGCAGCAUGGGUUCCUUGCGCUGCCCUCCCACCCUGCUGACACUGCUUCCUUGCUACAGCUCCAGUUCCUGUUUGAUGUCCUUCAGAAGACCAUCUCCCUCAAGCUCAUCAACCCACCAGGUGUGAGACUUCAGUCUGUGGUGAAGAUCUUCCCAUUCAAGUCUUUAAAGUUUUUGGAGCUGAAGCGAAUUCCCCCACACUGUUUAGAGGGACUUAGAGGGGUUUAUUCCCAGUUGGAGGUCUUCACAUGCUCCAAGAGCCUCAGCUCUCUGGAGGAGCUGCUUUCCUUGUGUGGAGGUGAUCUGAGCUCUGCACUGCCUUGGCUGGAACUACACACUCUCAACUUUAGCUAUAACUCCAUUGUCUGCCUUGACCAGUCACUAAGUUUACUGAACGUCCUGAAGUCUUUAGAUUUAAGCCAUAACAAGAUUCAGGAGUGUGCUGAAUUUCUGAAGCCCUUGAGUGAACUGGAACACUUGAACCUGGGCUACAACUGCCUGCAGAGGGCGCCAACGCUGGGCCUGAGUGCCAGGGCCAAACUCCUCACUCUCAACCUCAGGAAUAAUGAACUGGAGACUAUAAAUGGUGUUGAGCAGUUGUCCUCACUCCAGCACUUAGACCUGGCCUACAACCUGCUGCUGGAGCACUCCCAGCUGGCUCCUCUCUCCCUGCUGCACUGCCUCAGCACUCUGAACCUGGAGGGCAACCCGCUCUGCUUCCAGAAGGCCCAUCGCAACUGCACCGUCCGACAUCUCUCCCCAAAGGCUGCAAACCUCAGACUCAAACUUGAUGGAACCCCGCUGUCCUCAUCUGAGUUAUCAGUUUUGCCAAAACCAGGCCAGCUAAUCACCCAGGGACAGACUGCACCUUCAGUUGCCAUGCAACCGGAACGGAGUAACCAGGAAGUGUCCAGCGGUGCUGGGGAGCUCAGCGACAGCAUGUCAGUUUCAGAAGUGGGAGUAUCACACAUUCGGAAGAAGAAAUCCAGAAGUAAGGUGAAAGUACGGAGGGCCAGCAUAUCCGAGCCCAGCGAUACAGAUUAUGAGCCCAGGCUGCUUUCCUCCACUCAGAGCCUUGUCCUUCCCCACCAACAGGAGAUUGAGCGUAUGACCAGCUUCAGAGAGCAGCUGGGUGAGGAUUGGCUGAGGUACCAACAUCAUCUAGAUGUAGCUUCUCCCUCUACCGUCGCAACCGCUGUCAACACCAGCCAGCCAGCUCCUCACCCUCGCACACUUCCCAAUGGCCUCAACACCACCACCAACCCAUCUCCCAGCUCUGGGCAUCAGCUGUCUCCAUCGUCCCUGGAGGUUCCAGAGGUCCUCCCUCCACCGCUGCUCUCAUCUGAGCCCAGGCUGGAGACGUCCGAUUUGGAUGCGGAGCAGGAAACUGAGUGUACCCUGCAAUGGCCUGGUCAUAGCUCUCAGCACACAGGGUCCACCUUGGAGGACAGCAUGGUGGAUGUGCCGGAGGUGAGCCAGGCAGUGGUGAGCUCAUGUGGGCCGAGUCCAGAGUCCCAGGUGUUGGCUAGAGGAGAGAGUGUAGACACCAAGGAGGAGGAAGAGGGGGAAGAUCUCGGAGUGGACCUGUGUCACCCGCUACUUGUGGGCAUCCUUUCUGACAAAGAGAAGGAAGACAGCAAGGGGCGGGAGGAGAGGAGGAGCAGGAAGAGGGAGGUGUUCCUGCUCAUCAAACAGGGCCUGGUGCUGGAGGUGGACGUGCAGCAUGGCCGGGAGAGGUGCCGCCUGGAGCUCGGCAGCCUGGCUCGGGUGGAGAGCACAGAGGCCGUCUGGACCCGAGGGGAGACAGAAGAGGUGCUUCCAGCUGUGGAGCUUCAGUUCGACUACAUCAGCCAGGAUAAAAGGAGGAGAUGCUACGUCCUGCUUGACGAUGAUCCACAGCAGGCACUGCAGGCUCUGACUGACGUGCUGUCACAUGUGGCUGAGGAAAACCAGCGACGCGACUCUGAGCUCCGCCCCAGCUGCGUUCGCCUGCAGUGCCUUCGCUGCAGGUCAGAGUUCACACGUGAGGGAGAGGGCAGCGAGGGGGAGUUGGGAGGCAGGGCAAGGAGGAGAAAGGCUGCGAUGCUGCCAGGAGGAGAGGAAGAGCAGACUGAAGUGGAGCUGACAGAGUGGGAUGAUAACAGCAAAGGAAAUGGUCAUUUUUGCCCAGAGUGUGGUAGCGAUCAUGUAGUGGAGCUUGGCGGCCAAUCAGCUCCCUACAGCAGUACGCCCAUCCGUUGCUCAUCAAGGCAGGACAGUGAAGACGAUCAUCUCGAUAUAACCCAGAGCACUCAGAGUGUCACUAAGGAUGAUUACACAGAUGCUAGUAUUAGCAGUAGUCCUGUCCUUGAAGCUGCCACCACUACACAAGAUCCCACCUUCAUCACUGCCCAGGGAAGUUCCUUCUUCAUCGGGGAUGGUCAGGGUGACACUUCCAGCCUCUCCUACAACACAGACUGCUAUAGUAAAGAGGAUUUGGCUGGGAGCUACCGCUACACCGCUGUGGGGGCCACACCACCUGAAGUCCAAGCCCAGCCUGCAGGAGGAUCCACCUCGAAUGAUGAUUUGGACCUGCUGUCCGAGGACUUCAAGGCGGUGGACCAUCGCCUGCAGCUUUUCCUGGAUGUGGAGGUCUUCGAGGAAGAAGAGGAGCUUCAUUCUUUUCUCAAGAUGUCAGCUGUCAAAUUCGGGGAGCCAGGCGAGGUUCCCUCCCUGUUGGUGGUGUCGGAGCAGAGGAUGUAUUUCUUGGAAAUGGCAUCAGAAACUCACAGAGGCCAGCUGUCCAAUUGGCUGCAAAAGAGAGACAGCCACCCAAUCAUUGAGCUCAGCUACCUGGAGGUGGGGCUGGGUUCUCAGAGCAUCCACAUGGAGUUUGGAGAUGGCGGCGCGGCCUACACCCUCCUCGUGAGGGACAGUUUACGUUGCAAACGCUUCUUUGGCGUCCUGACAGAAAUUGUGCGCAAGAUGGCCCACAAAGCAGACAGCAAGCUGAAGUCCAUCUCUACCUCGAGACUCAACCCUCAGCAUCACCUCUGGCCUCUAGUGUGUGAAGACAUCCAGGCAGAUGUGGAGGAUGGCCAGCUGCAGUUCUUCUACAUUCUGGCUUUUGUUCUGCAAGAAGACAUUUGGACGCCCCUGACAGUCCUGGCAACCCGGGAAACCCUGUACCUGCUCAGAGAGGAUCACCAAUGGAGGAAAAGCUCCGACGGCCUGACAGUGACUGAAAACAAACAGUCAAGCAGCGGGAGCGUCACCGUUUUAGAGUCGCUGCCAAUCAGCUGCGUGAGCUCAGUCCUCCUGUGGCCUUCAGAUCAGUGCAGGAUGGACUUUAAGCUUUACGAUGAGACUGUGAAACUGGAGAAGACGUGGUGUGUGCGCUCCGAGAGCACUGAGCUCCUCCAGGGUCUGCUGGCCUGGGUCAGAGCUCAGUGGGAGGCCAUGUUCGGAGUAAAACUGCACACAAGCCUGCAAGACAAAGCAACAGGAGGGGGGAGUGAGUGGGCAUGAAAACAGAAAAAAGUUCGACUCUGUGUGUGUGUGUGUUUUUGUUUUGUGAGCCUGAAUCUGCGUGUUGGUACCGGGAAAUGUUUUAGCGAGCGUGAGCGAGUUUGUCUUUAUUUUCUCCCCACACAGUCUGCUCUCAGUCUGCUCCCAUUAUGCUUGUUGCUUUUGUCGUCUUUUGAGCCAAGAACCUUGGAAGUGAUUGCGCUCAUUCAUGUGGCACACAAGCCUGUAAAAGCACUGGUUGCAUAAUUUUUCCCUCCAGAUACCAACUUUUCUGCAGCUGAAAUGGAGUGUGCCUUGUUUGUUUUUGAGCGGCCAUGUUUUCCUGUUGACACGCACGUCAAUGCAUCUCGUGGUGCUCGUCAGUCACUGUAGCACUGAGCUGAUGCGGAGCAGAUUUGGGUGUUGGGAGCUCAGAGAGUAUUAAGCUGAGGACAGGGCAUAAUGCAUAAUAAUCAUAAUGCAAGGAGCUGAAAUAUGUUGACCCCCACCUCCCCCCUUGUUAAGCUAGGCCUGAGUCCAUCCUCGCCGUCUUGGGGUGCAGUGAGUCGUGACAUCACGCGCUCAACACGAGGCUGGAAGUGCUUCUCAAAGGGCAAGCGCUCAACACUGUCAUCAAGAGUCGCCUCACACCUUACCUACCCCCCCACCCCCAAUUAAGGCCUUGUGAUGUCUCUGCUUAGCAUCAUGUGAACGUGAAAGGAUACCACGAGUGCAAAGCUGCAGAAAUUCUGUGAAGAUGAACAACACCAGUUUGUUUCUUUAAAACUUGGGCUUUUCAUUUGUCACCUGGAGUGCAUCAUCGUGCAACAAGGGCAGUGGAUUUACAUUCCUGAGUAGCUCGUCCAAAUCUUUCUAUUUAGUUUGAGUGUGGGUCUAAAAACUAAUCCAGAAUUUCUGCGGCUGUGCAUCGUCUUUGUAGCCAUCAGCACAUGUUGUCGUCAGGCACAAAUGCAGUAAAGAUCAGAAUGAGCUCCGUAAAUAAUUGAUCAGCAUAACUUAUUUCUUUGAUAGCAUUUUUCAUUCUGGGUUGAUGCAAAAAAAAAAGUUAUUUAUUUUUAUAUCAAUAUAAAAAAAAUCUGAUGUAUGAUGUGUGUAAUUGAAUAUAAAAGUAAUGUGUUCAUUUG